AUGCCGGACGAUACACUAAGUGGAACAUUGGCUUCUGUGGAUAUUGCCACAGAAGAAAACUUGAAUGAUCUUGUAAAAGUUGGAGAGGCAUUGUUGAAGAAACCCGUUUCGAGAUUGAAUUUUGGUACCGGUAAACUCAAGCCUGUUUAUCCUGAGGUUACAAAUGAAGAGGCUCUCGUGAGGAUGGCGAAAAUUCUCUCUGAGGAGAGGGCUUGGAGGAAGAGGGUGGUCGUUCACGAAAAUGCUGCUCUGCUCUCACAGAAGUCCUUGUAG